CUAGCAGGAGUUUGUGGGCUACAUGUGCCCAAAAUUGCUGGCCAUGUGCCAUUUCCACAUCUUGUCAGCAAACAGUGAAGCAAUCCGCUCCUUGUCCAGUAUUUUAGAGCAAAAGACAAAGAAAACUGUUGUUAGUACAUUGUAGCUCUAAAGUUUGGAAGUCCAAAUUCCUGCAGGUAGGACUUUCACCAAGCUGCUGUUCCGCAAAUAUUGAAUGUUGGCUCUUUUAGGGAGUAAGAACACACACACACACAUACAUCACAGCGACACGGCCAAUUCUAGUCCCAAGAAUUAUCAAAGCAUGGCCUACGAACACAACGACCAUCAGCAACCUGCCGCUGUGGUGACUGCCUUACCCCCGGGAACUGUGUCCACUGAGGGCGUGAACCAUGUCCAUGGAUCAAAUCAUGCGAUUAGGUGUAGCGGACAUUACCGUUACCUGAUCGUAAAGAUGUUCGGCUGGGGUGUAAUGAUGCUUAUUUUCAGCAUCGUGGUGGCUGCUCUUUAUGUGGAGUUUCGUGAAACAUAUUCUAUUAUCAUAGGGUGUUGUUUACUUGUCGUCGGUGUUAUAAUGAUGAUAAUUGGCGGUACUGCAUGCUGGAAAGAAAAAGAAGAGCGAAAGAAAAUAGUCAUGCCUUUCCAACAGAUUGGAAUGGUAACCACAAUGUACGGCAAUCAGGGACAAGGUAGCCCCCCACAACUACCUGGUCCCUAUGGUAAGCCUUGGAAACCACCUAUAGUCCAGCCAAUUCCUAUAGGACCAUUGGUUGGCCAUACACCGCCGAGAGAUGUUACCAACUAUCCACCUGAGUCUCUACCUAGAACGUCCUCGAAAUAUCAAGCGACUGGUCCGACACAGAACUUUGACGCCGUGACACCAAUCCCUUAUGGUCGCCCAGCCAUGCGGACUACGCUGUCCAUGAUACCUACGAUUUCCGGUCAGAGGUUAAUGCCGUCAUCAGCUGGUGGCAAACAAAAGCCUCUCGGUCGCGAUCAAUCUCGAAAGCAACCGACCCCACAAGGACCAUGGGUUGUCUACAAACCCUCGCAGGAAGUCAGUAACUAUCGACCUGAUUUUCAUGCUAAGCCAUUACCUUUGCGAGAAAGUCAGUGGCUUGAGAUGGAUCCCAAGCAGACCUCUGUGAUCAUGCAAUCGACCACUCAUGGUGAUCAUGCAAAUCAGACUUCACUGUCCGCAGUCCCACCAAUUCCAAGGCAAAGGCCUCUGCCGUCACCACCUAGUACCCCGCCAAAUCUUUUCACCCACAGUCAGCCAGGUAAACCACCUGUGGUCCGGCCAUCGAUACGACCAUCUGAGGAAGUCAGCAACUCUCCACCUGAAUCUGAAGCAGAGGAACAGUCUAAGUCUAGGUUAUCGUUGGAAUUACAGCAAUCUCACAAAGAUCCGUCACAAAACCAUGAAGCCGUGGCAUCGACCCCUUUUAGCCGUCAACGCAAGCGAUCAUCAUUGUCCGUAGUCCCACCAAGGUCGGGUCAGAAACCCAUGUUGUCCCCAACUGAUAUUUCAGCCAACCAUUGUAGAUUUGGUGAGCCUGAGCAGCUCUCCGUCAUCAUUCCAAGACCAUCAAUCGUCAACAGACAAUCGGGAGAAGUCAACAACUCAGAGGCACCUCCUAGACCACCUCGCAAAUAUCAACAGACUGAACUGGAUCCCACGCACCUUUCAGCUACAUUCAGCCUAACAAACCACCUUUGGUCAAGCCUACUCUACCAAGUCCAUCCAUCGGACCAUCUGGGGACGUUAGUCACUAUCAACGUGAUUCUCGAUCAAAAUCAUCUCGAAAGUACACUGAACAGUUGUUUUACGAGAUAUCAUAGGGAGUGUGAGUGCACCGACUUUCUUCGCUCCCUGCAAGCCACAUGUAGGCAGCAAGUCAAGAUAUUCCCAACUACGACUAGCCACCAAGGCAAAGCAAAUUGACUGAUUCCAGUAUGAAUUCUGAGUGUUGGUGUAUAUAUGCUCAUUUGGUACGAUUCAACUUCCUGUACAAGCAUCAUAGUAAUUAUCAUCUUUGAAAUAUCUUGAAAGGAUAAUCUGAAAGAAGUAAACAGACUUAAUGAUAUAAUGAAAAGGUUACUUGACAUAGACAUGUUUCGCAUAGGCUACAGUUUCUCCGCUUGGGGAUUGGAGCUUUCAUACAGCGCCAAAACAUAGUCUCUUCAGAGUCACCGCAGUAUUUUUUUUUGCUUAAUCCUGGUCGUCAGGUCGACACUGUUUCGAAGAAUUUUUAAAUGAGGAAAUUAUAGCUUUGUUUGCAGUGCGUAGAGGAAAGUGUAGUAUACCCUGAGCUGAAACCUAAGAUUGUUUGUUGCGAAAAGUUGGCUGGAUUUAGGUAAAUGGAAAUUGGAAACCGGACCUUUAAGUUUAUGUGCAUGUGUAGCGUUUCCCAGUUUUCCUCUUUGUAUGCUAUAUUUUCAUAUAGAUUACUUACUUCGUCACGUUAAUUUUCAAAGUUAGCAGGACAAUAGCAUCAUUGUUAUCUACCAUUUCAAAUCUCUUAAUUUUAGCAAAGUUAGUUUCAAACAAACGGAGCUUUUUUAAAUUUUGAAAUCCAGUGAUCUUUAAAGCUAAAACAUUAUUAGCAGUAGUGUGUUUUUUUAAGCAUUAGGGAACCACUCUCGGAUUAAAGAACAGAAACUAAGAUGAUAUCGCAGCGGACCCCUAUCCCCAAAGGACAGAGUCACGUUUUCUUUACCUGCCCAGUGCAUGGGCAAACGAUGAUGUCAUGUCAAAGUAAACACGUCUUUUGUCCACUGAGAUUGGCGUCGUUUCGGCUUUAAUAAUAAAGCUCAUGAUCGUGUGUUUUUAAUGAUUUAGUGAACAAACCUUUCGCUUUUUCUAAAAGGAAAAAUAUAUUCCGUUGUGUAGAUACCAGCGAUUGUGGCCGAAAGCCUUUGUACAGAAAUCUGUCUAUGGAACUGGAAACUUGGGAAAAAGAGUAAACAGAGUUUCUUUACGGGUGAUCUGGCCUUGAUACCGAUUUUGUUGUGAUACCGAUUGAUUAAUAUAAUUAAUUAAUUUUCCCUGGAUUUUUUUGUUUAGGAAAAUGUUAUAUUUAGUUCAACAUUAAGUUCAAGAUCAUUUAUAUAAAGAGUUCUUUUAAGCUCUCUUUUAAUAGGCUGUAAAAACAGUUUCUCGGUAGAAUAGAUCGCAUAGCCUAUAAGUCCUUUUAAUCUGCCAUUAACCAAAUGAAAAAAGAAGGAAAGACUGUGGUAGCGGAGCAAGCAGAGCUUUAGUUGUAGGUCUGUUAGCCAAUGAAAAUAAGGAAAUAAAA